GGGGCCAAGGACUGUCUCUUAUACACAUCUAGAUGUGUAUAAGAGACAGGAAGGGGACAGAGGGAGGGGAGGGGACAAGGCAAGGAGCAGGAGCUCCCGCAGCUGUGGAAGGAGAGAAAAAGCAGGAGGGAGGUGGUGUUGCAGCUGACCAAAGGGGAGCAGGAGACGACAGCAGCAGCAGCAACAAACCUGUUACCGAUCAAGCAUCGGCAACCCCAACGAAGGAUGAUGCCAGCGGGGCCAAGGACGGUCAAGUGGUACCGCCUGGUGCCAUGGUGGUACCAACUGAUGGGACCAAGGGAACAGCAAAUCCUGGUCCUGGAACAGAGCCCACUGUCCCCAGACAAGUGCCAUCGGAACCCACGCAUGCCGUCUACCAGACCUCCUCCGUGGCGGCCACACAGGGAGAUGCCACAGGAAGUGCCGGGCCCGGCAAAGACCCGGGGACCCUCCCUAACAGCCAACAACAGCCUGUGGCAAAUGAGACAACCCCCCUUGGUAAUAAGCAGUCCCCCGAUGGAAGUCAGCAAGCAACCAAAGGGGUGGAAAAUGGCCAAAAGGUAGAAGGGAAAGAAGGCAAGGGUCCUGCAGAUGGACCUGCAGGUCCAGAAGCUGGAAAGCAGGGUGAUCUAGCCAAUUCAGGAGAGGUUGCAGUGAGCGGCACAACAACGGCGAUGAAUCAAGGGGGGGAUGCUGCGCCCCCUCAACAAGGGGACAAAACUGGAGGGGUUGGAAAUCAGGAUGCCAUUCCCACACAACCCCAAGAGGGGGGGGGAGGUUCAGUUCAGCAAGGAGACCCAGGCAAGGUUACCCAGGAAGAACAGAGUCAGCAGGGGCCUAAAGAUGGUGCUGCUGAAGGAGGAGGAGGAGGAGGAGGAGGAGGCAGAAGACUCAGCACGACAACUGCACAAAGUCAGCAGGGGCCUAAAGAUGGUGCUGCUGAAGGAGGAGGAGGAGGAGGAGGAGGAGAAGGAGGCAGAAGACUCAGCACGACAACUGCACAAGACACUAGUAAAACCGAGGGGGGUUCGGCGGCAAUUGUAGGAGGAGAUGCAGAGAAGAGGAGGGAAGGUUGGCAGGCAGGAGGGACAGGAGUUGUAGCAGAGGGGACUGCAGCAGCAGCAGGUGGAACGGAAGCGCCCGAUGGCGGCAAACAAGAUCCGGCUGACGCAACAGCAGCAAAAUCAGACAGCACGAAGCAAGGAGAGACUCCAGUGGGAGAGGGAGAGAAAGGACCGGAUGGCGGCAAACAAGGUCAGGCUGAAGCAGCAGCAGCGAUAUCAGAGGGUACCAAGCAAGGAGAGGCUCCGAUGGGAGAGGGAGAGAGCAAACCACCUCCCACUUCAACAGCAGCCGAAGGAUCAGAGGCGGUUCCCUCUCCCUCUUCCGCAGUCACCGAGGCGGCUAGCCAAGAAGCGAAAGGGGAGGGUGGAGGUGGUGGGGAGUCCGCAACGCCACAGCAAUCUCCGACGACGGCAGAGUCUGCUGUUGAGGGUACCGCGGAGGCUGCGGCUUCUGCACCUGGAGCGGAGGAGGAGAAACACGCUGCUGAUGCUGCCAAAGUGGAGCAACCAGAAAUGACCAUUGAGGUACCACACUCUCUCAUGCAUUCCAUCUUCUCGUUUUUGUUUCCUCUUUUGUUUUGUUUUGUUUUGUUUUCUUGAGGGGGGGGACAAUUUCUCGAUCUGUGCCUGUCAGUCUUGUGCAAGGGCCAUGCUAAUUGUCUUUGUGUCAUUCCAAAUUCAUCUC